AUAACUACCCGACCUGCAGCAGCCAAUAAGAUCCCUUCAGUGUGUGUUGACCAGGUGACAGAGGUACGAGGGUUCAAUGACCCACAGAAGGAUGAGUACUUCAGGAAGAGAUUCAGGGAUGAGGACCUGGCCAGCAGAAUCAUCUCACACAUAAAGACAUCAAGGAGCCUCCACAUCAUGUGCCACAUUCCAGUCUUCUGUUGGAUUUCUGCAACAGUCCUUGAGCACAUGCUGAAACAUAAGAGAGAAGAGAUGCCCAAGACUCUGACUGAGAUGUACACACACCUUGUGGUGUUUCAUACCAAACAGAAGAAUGAAAAGUAUCUUGGGAAAGAAGAGACAGGUCCACACUGGAAUAAAGAGAGCAUUCUGUCACUGGGAAAACUGGCUUUUCAACAGCUUGUGAAUGGCAAUCUGAUUUUCUAUGAAGAAGACCUGAAAGAGGCUGGCAUUGAGGUCAAUGAAGCCUCAGUGUACUCAGGAUUGUGCACACAGCUCUUUAAAGAGGAACGUGGGCUGUACCAGGACAAGAUGUACUGCUUUGUUCAUCUGAGCAUUCAGGAGUUUCUGGCUGCUGUAUAUGUGUUCCUCUCUUUCAUCAACAACAAUGAGAAUCUAAUGGACAAACUGCAAACAACGUCCAGGAACCUUUCUGUGAGGAUCAAACAAAGGCGUAAAGUUACUUUCUACAAGAGUGCUGUGGAUAAAGCCUUACAAAGUGAGACGGGAAACCUGGACCUUUUCCUCCGCUUCCUUCUGGGCCUCUCACUGGAGUCCAAUCAGAAGCACUUACGAGGUCUACUGACAAAGACAAGAAGCAGCUCACAGAGCCAUGAAGACACAGUCGAGUACAUCAAGGAGAAGAUCAGGGAGGAUCCCUCUCCAGAGAGGAGCAUCAAUCUGUUCCACUGUCUGAAUGAACUGAAUGACCAUUCUCUAGUGGAGGAGAUCCAAAGCUACCUGAGCUCAGGAAGUCUCUCAAAACCCAACCUGUCACGUGCACAGUGGUCAGCUCUGGUCUUUGUGUUGCUGACUUCAGAAAAGGAGCUGGAUGUGUUUGACCUGAAGAAAUACUCCAGAUCAGAGGAAGGUCUUCUGAGGCUGCUGCCAGUGGUCAAAGCCUCCAGAGCUGCUCUGCUGUCAGGCUGUGGAGUCACAGAGGAAGGCUGUGCUUCUCUGGUCUCAGCUCUGAGGUCAAACCCCUCACACCUGAGAGAGCUGGAUCUGAGUAACAAUGACCUGAAGGAUUCAGGAGUGAAGCUGCUCUCUGCUGGACUGGGGAAUCCCCACUGUAAACUGGAGACUCUGAGGCUGUCAGGCUGUCUAGUCACAGAGGAAGGCUGUGCUUCUCUGGUCUCAGCUCUGAGGUCAAACCCCUCACACCUGAGAGAGCUGGACCUGAGCUACAAUCACCCAGGAGACUCAGGAGUCAGACUGCUCUCUGCUGGACUGGAGGAUCCACACUGCAGACUGGAGAAACUCAAGUAUGUAGAGGGUUUAUGUCAAUGUUCAUAUCAGACAUGUUUGACUUAUCAGGCUAGUUAAGACAAACAUUCUGACCACCA